GCAGACUCGAGGCACAUCCAAGCUACGGCGCGGUACGAGCUGCGCCGCUUAUGAGGCGUUCGUGAUCGUCGUCUCAGGUAGCAAAUUGGUCGCGAACCAACUUUCAAGACGUUCGUCCCGGCGCCGCUGAGUACAGCAUAGUGCUCUCCCGACACAGCCUUGGCCACACGUCGCCGCAGGGCGCCGCGCGGCGUAAACGAUGGUCCUGCUCGCGCGAAGGGCCGCGCAGCUAUGCACGAAACGCUACGCGUCGCAACCGCACGACCCGCGCACGCUGCGGGCGCGCCGGCUCCUUAGCACUGAAACUCAAAAGCAAGACCCGCGCACGCUAAGCGGGGCCUGGUCCUUCCUACAGCGCGCGAACCCGUUCACCGUCUGGGGCGAAACUAUUGGGAGAGAGCCGAGCGACCGCCUCCCGAAGGUGACGGACCUGGUCAAGGCCGUGGUCGGUUUAAGUGGCAAAUCGCCGGACGAAUUACAAAGGUACGCGACGGAGAGCAACGCGGCCUUUGAGGCCUAUGUAGAUGAUUUGGGCUUCGAGCGGCGGUCCUUGCUCGAGAUCGCGCCGAAGGACGAGGAGCAGUCGCUGGACGAGUUUUUGGAGGGUGCUAGAGAUGCGGUGGCCUUCGUCGCGCCGCUGUUGAAGGACGCGGUCGCGCACGAGGCCGAGUUGUCGAAGGUCGUCUCCGCGAAAUUGCUUGAAAAGGCCAAGGAGGGCUCCAUGGCCGUGGCUGAGGAUAAAGAGGACGAAGGCGUCAGAAGGGUCACCUUCGGCGUCUUCGGACAACAAUUGCGCCAGAAGGACCUCGCGCCGCGGUCGACGGGCGCCAUGGCGCUCUUCGAGCAAGCUUUGCAGAAGUGGGGAUACGACGCCGAGGCGCGGGACGACGCUAUAUUGCUGAGGGAGUCCAAUGGAUUGUUUGUGGCCAAAUUCUCACUCGCGGACGAGCUCGCGGAUUUACUAAAAGCAGCCAAGGACACGGACGCGGGCCGGGCCGUCGAAGCCUUACUCUACGCGGUGAGCCGCGCCGAGGGCCGCGCGCUGACCUGGCCGCUGCCGAGCGACGCCCAUUCGAGACUCGCGGGUGACGCGGAGGCUUGCGCUCUCACGAUGCGCGGCUGGCUCCUCGUCGACGUGGCGGUCUCAAAAUGUUUGUACACGUUCGCGCGCGAGGUUGAUAGGAGAUCGGCCUACCGCUGGGGCCACGACUGGCGCAUCGUCGAUGUGGGCGGCGCCGUCUUCGACAACGACGACGGCGCGCUCCUCGACGGGCUAGUUGCCGAGGAUAAUACACCAUAAAAAA